AUGAUGGAUUUUGACGAAAGGGUCCCCGUCGGAUCGAACAUGUAUCUGCCCAGCUGCACGUAUUAUGUGUCGGCGGGGGCUGAUUUCUCCGGUCUUCCAUCGUUUUUGUCCCAGACCCCGUCCACCCGCCCCAUGACAUACUCCUACUCCUCUAACCUGCCGCAGGUUCAACCCGUCAGAGAAGUGACAUUCAGGGACUAUGCAGCCAUUGAUGCAUCCGGUAAAUGGCCGCACCGGGGGAACUUGUCUCAGUGCUACCCCAGCGCGGAGGACAUGGUACACCGGGACUGCCUGUCAGCUCAAUCCGCCGUCGUAGGGGACAUGUUCGGUAAAAGCAGCCCAGCAGCCGCCGCUGCCGCAUACCACCACCACCACCAUCACCACCACGCGAGCGCUGGCUCCGCUGCCACCAAUUUCUAUGGGAAUGUGGGCAGAAAUGGCGUGCUGCCGCAAGCUUUCGACCAGUUUUACGAGACGGCGUACGGGAAUGCGUCGGAGAGCUCCUCCGCGAAUGGCUACUCAGGGGACAAAACGGCGACCAAGCCUCCCGGCUCCGCGCAGGAGGAAGCGCCAUCGUGCCCGGACAGCGAGUCGAAGGAGCAGCGGGAUGAAACGAGCAGCCCGGAGUUGUCUUCCGGCAACAAUGAGGAGAAAACCGGCGGCAGCAGUGGACAGAGGACCCGGAAGAAAAGGUGCCCUUAUUCCAAAUAUCAAAUCAGAGAACUUGAAAGAGAAUUCUUUUUCAGUGUGUACAUAAAUAAGGAGAAGCGGCUGCAACUGUCUCGGAUGCUCAACCUGACCGACCGACAAGUAAAGAUCUGGUUUCAGAACCGUCGCAUGAAGGAGAAGAAACUAAACAGAGACAGAUUACAAUAUUAUACGUCCAAUCCUCUGCUUUAG